UUCGCCCGACUAGUUUCUGCUGCUUGCCACGUAUCUGGCAGAUCAAUAAUUUCUGAUCUCUCUAACCCACAAUAAGCUCGACAAAAUACUACAUAAACAUAAUUAAAUAUAAACUAGUAUAUUAAGUAUAUGGCCCAACCUGAACUGAGGGUAUAGAGAGAGGACAUAUCUUUUAGAAAGACAGUUAACUCUCAAGUUGGAAGACCCACGGUAUUAUGUCGAGAGUUAGUGAAUCUGUGUUCUCUGUGAAUGUGGUAGCGAUCAUAGCGAUUAGUGCCUGUUGGAGGGAAGAGGUUCGUUCGCGGGAAUAGCUCUGCUCGCACUCUAAAGCGAGUACGCUAUUCCGCACUAGCGAAAUAGCCCCAAAGGCCAGAACUGCCUGUUCUUCGGGCCCGAAGUAUCUCUACUGGCAUGGAGCUAGGAGCGCACUGAUAGUGAUAGUCUAAGAGAUCUUGGUUUCUAUGCAUUGCCUGCCAAAGAAGAACUGAGCCCAAUGUUUCCACACAAUUCUAGUUCACAUGAGAUUUCUACUGAAACAAAUGCCUUCGUACAAAAUUCCAAGGGGGAUGUAGUAGUAUUAAUGGCAAGUAGUCUGAGUGGGGUGGAGGAGGGGAGAAGACCAGUCAGCGUUAGGUUCUGUGAUAUCGAAUCCACAAACAACGGUAAUAUGACAGCACCUACUAGCCACCCCGUCGCUACCACUACCAAUGACUUCUUAACCGUCCUGCCACGCCAAUCUGGUGAGCUUGGCUCAGCGGCUGAAGGCAAGGCCUGCCAGUCAGUGGCGUCAGCAAUCACAAAAAAUCCAACAAAUCACCUUCUAAUCUACGAUAAUAAUAAUAAACUAAAUAACCACAACAAUGCAGAACAUAAUCAUCACAAAUACAGAAAGCAAAACAGACCGGGUUCGCCUGGGCAGCUGGAAAGCUCCGCCGAUAACUCUAAGUCUAUUUCUAAGCUGUUAAGUGAUAAUAAGAAUAGCUUUAGUGAUCUAAGCGUUAGGGUACUACAAGUAAGUCUAAAUUUAAAAGUGACAAGGGGCGAAGUACGUCAAUGUGCGGAGGAGCCUAGCCUAGUUAGGAUACCCAAGUCUGAUUGCCCCCCGUUGCUGUCGCGCGAAUCGUCCUUUGUCAACAAUUACUCCUUACUAGGGUCCCGCCUUGAUGAGGGCGAAAACAAUAACUUUAAGGCUAAUCUUAGUUUCAUAAGUAAUAAUAAUUACUCCAAGUCUGUGAUAUUGCUCAGCUCAACCCGCAACGGAGACUACUAUCUCCUCUCCGAAAGCGGCGGUGUCAGAGAAGGCACAGCUCUCGCAACUUAUUUUCUAAUUGAAGAUGAAGGUACUUCAUUUCCAAACCAAUGGGAAAGUGUGAAAUUGCUAGCUCUUAAGUACUCUCCUGUUACCGAGAAUAUUGGGAUUUGCCGAAAAUUUACUGAAAAUGAUUUUCAAAAUGCUAAAAUUGUGAUCUUAUACUCAGAUUGCCAUCUGUUUUGCCAAGAUUAUGAUUUCCAAAUUUCUCAGCGUGAUCUUGACAUCUCAGAGUAUCGGCUGAACAAACCGAUCGCUAUCGGAAAACUAUUUCAACUGCAUUUUGACAACAUCUCGACAAUGGAAUUGUCCCUCGCACAAGCUCAGAAUUUCACCACCUGUUCUUCCAUUACGCUUAUCGUUUCGACAAACGAAUCCACCUCUCUGCGAUCUUUCAUAGAAAAUCUAACGACAGUUCAACCUUCUUUACGACACGCUACUGUGAACGAGCUGAUGCAACGCAUAUGUGUUCCAUUAAUGAUAGAAUGUAAGGUUUAUGUUAACAACGUUAGUAAUAAUAAUAAAAUAAAUAAUAAUAACAUUAUUAUCGGAGAAGAAAUGAAUAUUAAUAACAAUAAUCCAGAUGUUAUCGAAGACAUUGUUAACGUCGCUGUGUGCUACAAGACUAGUUGUACUAUGACUACUAAUUAUAGGCUAGGAUUUCAAAAUGAUGGUAUUAGCUAUACCCAAGCAACAAUGUUUACUGUUGGUGCUCUUUCAUUUCAGGAUAACAAUAAGUCUAACAAGCCUCUACACGCUAGCUUUAAGGAUGAUAAGUAUCAAGUGUCUACUAAGAUCGACGAUAAGUUUAACUAUAACGUUAAGUCUGUAUCUAAGUUUACGCUAAGUGUUAGGUUUAGUGAUAAGUCUGAAACGUCUCACGCUACUCGACUCAAGAAAUCUGACGAUAAAAUGCACGUUCUGUCGGCUGUUAACAUUCCUACACUGACUACCUGCGAGCCUACGAUGACGCUUAAAUGCCAACCAGCCACCGUCGCAUCCCAAACUAACACUGUACCUGCCUCUCAAGUGGAGAAACACUCAGAUGUUGAUGAAAUUGUACUGCUGAAAUCAAGUUACCUUAAAUACGACCGUAAAUCAACUAAAAGCAACAAAAUUACAUCAAACCAUGACCAAAACCCCAAAUGCUUCGUCUCCCUCAAGGAGGAAUAUUAUGAAAAUGACAUGGACUUUUCAAAUGCCCCGAAGAAUGAAGACAUCUUUAUCGAGAAUAUCUCAGAACCUGUGAAAUAUCAUCAGAAGACUUCGGAACAUAAUCCCGGUUGUGACAUUGAUAACACCAACGAUGUUGCUGAUGAUUGUGAUAUUGACAACAAAUUGUUGGAAAUCGACAAUCUGACUUCACAAGUGGAUAAAACGACAAAGUUACUUGCUUAUGUACGUGAACUGCUCUCUAGUUAUCAGAAGGCUUACAAAAGCGAUGUAGUUCGAACUGAAAUUUUGCGCAAGCAACUCAAGCAAGCUCUGAAAAACAUGUUCAAUCGUCCAUAUUCUUGCAACGAAUCUUAUCGAGCCUCCCUGGAAUACAAAAAACGCUGGGGUAUCCCAGUUAUUUUGGGCUUGGCUGGAGGAGGUGAAAGUUCACUCAACACUGGUGGUGCUGCUAACUGGGGUACCGCUCCUACUGCAGCUCCCAACAACAACAAUGCCACUCAAUCCAGUUGGGGUGGAACCCCGGGAAAUCCUCCAGUUGGUACUGGACCUCCCAGUAACUGGGGCGGCAACAACGUCAAUCGACCAGUAACUGCUAAUCCAAACCAGAACCAAAACCAAGGACCACCCAGUAGCCAGAACAACCCAGGUGAGGGCAAUGUGAACAAAGUAACCAAUCCAAACCAAUCUCACAACCCACAAUCUGGACCACCAACGUCUCAGCCUAACAACACAACUUCAGGAAAUCAAAAUAAUGGACAGUGGCCGCAAGGUAAAUCUACCAAUCUUGGAGGUCCUGGACAAAACCAGUCUUCUCAGAAUAACAACAACCCAGUGCAACAACCCCAACAGCCGGGAAGUAACGCUAAUAACAAUCCAACUAAUAGCGCCACACCUGCAACUGGAAAUAGCGCAAGCACACCUGCAGGCAACAAUCCCUCAUCCAAACAACAACUCGAACAAUUGAAUACCAUGCGAGAAGCAUUGUUCAGUCAAGAUGGCUGGGGUUGUCAACAUGUGAAUCAAGAUACAAACUGGGAAGUUCCGUCAUCUCCAGAACCAAGCAUGACCAAGGAUGGCGUUCCAAUGUGGAAGCCACCUGUGAAUAACGGCACCGAUCUUUGGGAAGCUAACUUGCGCAAUGGAGGACAACCCCCACCGCAACAAACAGCUAAAACACCAUGGGGACACACUCCUUCAACAAACAUCGGGGGCACUUGGGGUGAAGAUGACGAUGCCGCUGACUCUUCCAACAUGUGGACCGGAGCUCCAACUCCCAAUCAACCUAAUACAGCUCAGUGGCCGGGAGCAGCUACCAAUCAGACCAGCAUGUCUGGGGGAGGUGGCGGCGGAGGAGGAGGAGGAUCCAGUUGGGGUGAUCCAAGAAUGGAUCCCAGGGAUCCUCGUGACCUGAGGUCUGUAGAUCCUCGAGAGAUGCGUGAUCCACGAGACCAUAGAAUUUCCCUAGACCCGAGAGAUCACAUGAGAGUAAUGGACCCUAUGAGCCGCGAUCCAAGAAUGACCGACAUGCGCGGUGAUCCACGUGGUAUCUCCGGUCGCUUGAACGGCGCCAGCGCAGAUGCUAUGUGGGGACAACCCCCUGGCCCUCCACAUCACCAAAUGGGCGGCCACCAACAUCCGUCAGGUCCACCAGCUAAGAUGGUUAAUGCAUCCAGCAUGAAUCAAUGGGCAGCACCACCACCCAAAGAAAUGAUGCCAGGAAAACCAUCUGGUUGGGAAGAGCCUUCCCCACCUACUCAACGUAGGAAUGUUCCAAAUUACGACGACGGUACUAGCCUUUGGGGAAAUCCUGCACCAAACCCACGUGCUAUGCCUGGAAGUAAGGUCUCGCAUUGGAAAGACUUACCGACUCCAAAUUUGGGUCGUGGAGGUAUGCCCUGUCCACCUGGAAUGCCACAAAACCGAAUGCCUGGUCAGCCAGGUAUGAAACCAGAUGUUGGCGGCCCUAUGUGGGGUCAUCCAUCUGGUCCAGGCGGAGGUGGAGGUGCCGGUGGGGGAAGUGCUGGCGGGGGUGGCGUUGGUGGUGCAGGAAGCGGAGGUGGCGGUGGAGGCAGAAAUGGAUCCUGGGGAGAUGGACCGCAUGAUACCGCUGGAUGGGACGAUCAAAAGACUCCUGCUGCAUGGAACGAGCCUCCAAUCAACCCUGGUUCUUCUUGGGGUGGUCCGUCAAGUCAUAAACCGAAACCUAUGGGACCCACUGGAGGGUGGGGAGAUGCCGAUAUGGAUCCUACUACCAGCUGGGCACAUCCACCGAAACAAACUCUUACCAAAGAGCUGAUAUGGAGCAGCCGAGAGUUCAGAUAUCUCUGUGAAUUAGGCUACAAAAAAGAGGAUGUGGAAACUGCAUUGCGGAGCCGUGAAAUGAACAGAGAUGAAGCGCAUGAACUUUUGUCUCAAGUACGUCCUCUAGAUCAGUGGCGUCGUCAUGAUACCCAUGCAGGGUACGACCCUGCUAGUCAAGCCGCUGCUGCUGCAGGUUAUCCACCAAGGUUUAAUCACGUCGCACAACAGAUGUCCUUCCCUCCGGGGGCCGGAAUGCCUAGUGUCGGCGCCACCGGUGGUAUGAGUGGUACCGUCGCCAGUGCCAGCCUACUCAAACUUCAACAACAACAGCAACAACAGGCAGCUGUUCAGUUGCAGCAACAACAACCCAGUGUCACUGCACCGCAGCCACCUUUCAAUCAGACUUCCAGAACCCCGCAAAAUCAACCUAGUACUGCACAACUGAGGAUGUUGGUUCAGCAAAUUCAAUUAGCUGUCCAAGAAGGUUAUUUGAAUCAUCAGAUCUUGAAUCAGCCACUGGCUCCGCAAACUUUGAUUCUGCUUAAUCAGCUUUUGCAACAAAUCAAAGUUUUACAACAGUUGCAUCAACAGCAUUCAGUGCAAGGUUCAUUAAAAGGAAAUAGCCAAAAUGUGCUGCAAAUCAGCGUACAGAUAACCAAAACUAAACAACAAAUUGCCAAUCUACAAAACCAAAUCGCUGUUCAACAAGCAACAUAUAUGAAACAACAACAACAACAGCAACAUCCGGCAGCUCCAUCACAGGCAUCUGAUUACUACAAAUCAUCGGUUCACGAUCCAAUGUCUGCACUGCAGAAUACCUUUACAGACUUGACCAUGAACAAAGAGCCUCCAGUGAGCCAGCAGCAGUCACGUCUGAAUCAAUGGAAACUACCGUCUCUGGAUAAGGAUGGAGAUCUGGGUACUAAUGAAUUUUCACGAGCUCCCGGUACUACAAGCAAACCUCCCACUACACCAGUUGGUCUCAGUCAAUCACACAGCAGUCCUAACAUGAAUCCUUUACUAGGACAAGGAGACGGGACCUGGUCUUCCAGACUCGGUGACAGCGGAUGGCCAGAUGCUGGUACCAGCGAUUCUACAGAUGGUAAAGAUUGGCAACCCGGUGGUGCUGCUUUCACCGAUCUGGUACCAGAAUUUGAACCUGGCAAGCCAUGGAAGGGGAAUCAGAUGAAGAGUAUUGAGGAUGAUCCAAGUAUUACUCCCGGAUCGGUAGUCCGCUCACCCCUAUCGCUGGCUACUAUCAAGGAUCCUGAUGCGAUAUUUUCAUCGAGCACGAAAACCUCUCCACCACCUUCGGCUAAUGCAGAUACUUCGAUUCCCAGUCUGAGCAACUCCACAUGGAGUUUUAAUCCACCCGCUGCCACAACGCCUAGCGCGUUUGCCAGUUCCAAAAAUACAUGGGGUGAAACUGCUCCACCACCUACUGCGGUAACAUCCGAGUUAUGGGGCGCUCCGAUGAGCAAGGCUCGCGGCCCUCCACCCGGAUUAGGCAGCAAGGGCGGUGCGACUUCGAGCAAUGGGUGGGCUGGAUUAUCCGGAGUUGGACGUUCCUCCAGUUCUUGGGGUCUCCAGACUGGUGCGGUAGCUAAUGCUGGCUGGGUUUCGACUUGGCUUUUACUCAAAAAUUUGACACCACAAAUUGACGGUUCCACGCUGAAAACGCUCUGUAUGCAGCAUGGACCCGUACAAGACUUUAGACUAUAUUUGAACCACGGGAUAGCUCUGGCUAAAUAUUUAUCCAGGGAUGAAGCUAUUAAGGCACAAGGAGCAUUGAACAAUUGCGUGCUCGGCAACACGACGAUAUUUGCGGAAUCUCCAGCUGACAGUGAGGUUCACACGCUUUUGCAACAGCUGGGUCAUGGUGGACAACAACAGACCGCAGGUUCGGCCGGUUCCGGCUGGGGUCUCAGACCGACGAGUAAGGCUGGUCCACCCCCAGAUACAUGGGGCGGCAGCUCGAGUCAACUUUGGGGUGCUCCGCCAGCUAGCAAUUCACUAUGGAGUAAUGCAGGCAUCGAUAGCGGCGAUCAACAACGAGCAACGCCAAGCUCGCUCAACUCUUACCUGCCCGGUGAUCUCUUGGGAGGUGAGUCCAUGUAGGGAGCCCCCGGUAUCAUGUGAAACACACCGAAUACUCAAUACUUCUCGACACUAAUGUCAGAUGCAAGGAAUAGAACGAUGUAACUUCGAUGAAUUACGACUCGCAUUUCUAUAUGAUUGUGACCAUAUACAAUUAAAUUUUUUUUUUUCAAUGUUUUUUUUUCUUGUUUCGUUUUGCUAGAAUUUUACUACGUUUUCCAUAAUUGAUAUCACAACCGAUAGUAGAUCGUAUUUUGAUAUAUUUACCUCAAAACUUGAUAUUUCAAAAUUUGAGUAUUUAUCAUGUUUUGAGGAAAACUGUACUGAGAGAAUACAAAAAAAAAUUAAGUAAAAGUCGUUAGAUGUCAUAUGCCGAAAAAAGUGACAAUUAAGAACAUUUUUAUUGGAUUUAGAUGAAACUGUUGAAAGUCUUCUUGUAAUGUCAAUUACAUUGUAGGGACACAAAUUGAUGAAUUACGUAACUUUUAUCUUUGACCAAGGUCACAUAAUUGGGGGAAAAAAAGAAUGAAUUAAGAAACAAGAAGAAAAUACAGCCAAAAAGAUGUUACAGUUACAAGGAUAUUUAAUUAUGGUUAUGUGACGACGAUAGUCAAUUUCUUUGAUUCAACCUCCAUGAGAAGACCCCGUGUGCUUCCCACGAGUCAUAACAGGUUCCAGGGAUCAUUCUCUUGAUAAUGGGAUAUACUAUGCACGCAGUUUAAGUAGAAACCACCCAGAUCAUUAAAAGCGAAAUAAAGGAAGAAUUAUUUCGAAGUUUAAUAAUUAUGUAUUCAUAUAUAAUAUACAUCAUAUAUUAUAUAUAAAUAUGAACCCGAAUCUUGUCGUGAAGUUUUAACUACUCUAAACAAAAGCAAAAGAAUGAAAGAAAACAAACUCGCAUGCUAUGGGAUAUUUUGGUUGUCUCUAUCAAAUUGCUGUAUCGGUCCAUACAGAAUUAAUAAUGUCUUAGAUCGUGUCUAAGAGUGUUUCAUUUUAUUACUCGACAGUCAAAGACUGCGUAGCGAGUAUCAAACUUAGACUGUACCAAUCUAAUCAAAACUUUACGAGCAUUGACGUCUUUGCUUGUUGAGCUUUUAAUAAAGCAAGGACGCAACGAUACCAAAUGUUAUCGCAAUAACAUAAAUUUUAUUAUAUUAAACAGAAUGAAAGAGAGAAAGAAAGCAAGAAAGAAAGAGAAAAAAAUUAAAUUAAAAAAUAAUAAUAAUAAUAAAAAUGAAACUUAUGUAAAUCUAAAAAUGCCACCUGUCGUGCCAAUGUUCAAUGUGUCUCUGUACCAUUAAUUAUAGAGUUUAAAACUUAAAAAAAAAAAAAAAAAAAAAACUACAAAAAAUACAAAAAAUAGAAAAAAAAACCGAAAUAUUAAUUUAAAAGAAUACGUUCAAAUCGAAAAAAAAGAAAUAAUAAAAUAGAUAAAUAAAUUUAUCGCCAAAUACCUUCCGAAGUAUUGGCGGGCCUCUUGUGAUAUGAAAGGCAGAAAUGGUCAAACGAAGUCUAAUAACCGGUCAUUUUAUCGUUUGUCAAAGAACAUGUUCGCGUUGUAUAUCAAAGUUCUUGUUCAAACGAUACUACGAUUUCUAAAGACACGCGCAAUAAAACAGCGAAUUAAACCCGGAAACAAUCUCCCAAGACGGAGACCAAUCAACAUAAAUAAAUUUAGAAGAAAAAAAAAGGAAAAAAAACCGCGCAAUACAAUGAUGGAAUCACACACACAUACAUAAAACACACAAGACACAUACCUAUACGUUUAAACUAAAAAGAGUACAUAGCAUUAAACUUAAUUUAAGUGAAUCUAAAAUUAAGUUGAAAAAAUAUAUAUAUAUCUCUAUCUAUAUAUAUUAAACUAUGACAAGCCAAUCUCAAGACAACGCCGCUCGUAGGAGCCGUUCUAUAUUAAAAAUUGAUUUACUUAAUAGAAUUGAAAAAGAAAAGUACUAACUACGAUUAAAGGAAAAAAAAAAAACAAAAAAAAACAAAAAAAAAUAAAAAAAAAAAAAUAAUAAAGAAAUAACAAUUAGUCUUUAAUGCUAAAAAAUACUAAAUCCACAUGCUAACGAUUAUGAACUUAAGUAUAAGUACGAAUAGAUAAGUAACUACAUAUAUAUUUAACUAUGAUAAAGAAAAUUUAUUACAUUAUACAUACUAAUAAUUAAAAUAUAUAAAAUAAGAAGAAAAAAAUAAUAUUAAUAAUAUUAAUAUUAAUAAUAUUAAUUAAGGGCUGGGAGGGGGGUAGAAUUAUAUUCAGGCCUGUCAACUGCAGCGAUACAUCAUCUUAUUUGUGUGACAUAUUUAUAUUCGUCAGACGGUACGUUUUUUUCUUUUUUUUUUAUUCCUGCUUUCGAUUGGUUUUCAUUUUGGAUGUCUACGCGGAACUGCUUUCUAAAAUGCCCCCUGUGUGAAUCAGUAAUAAAGUUAGCGAAAAUCGCCACACACAUUCACGAUGUCUCUUGACGGGAAGAAAGGAUUAAUAAUAAUACUAAUACUAAUAAUAAUAUUAAUAAUAAUAAUAAUGAUAAUGAUAAUAAUAAUAAUAAUAAUCUGACAAAUGCUGGGACAAAGUUAAGUAACGAUAUGCGUGAGGAAAAAAUAUGAAACACUAAAUAUAUAUAAUAUAUAUACAUACACACACACACACACACACAUACAUACAUGUAUGCGCACACAUAUAUGUGUGAAUUCUUGAAGGAGGGAAAGAAUGAUAAUACAAGAAGAAGAAAACAAGAAAAAAAUUAAUUAACGAUAACGAUACAUUGAGAGUGGGAAAUGGCGUAGUUGAGUAAUUUAUUUCAAAAGAUUCAAUUUAGAAUUUUAGGGAGAUAUUUGUUGUGAUAAUAAUAUUGAACUCUAGGGCUUAGUUUAGAAUUCCUCUAAGCGUUUGAGGAAAGAAUAAGUGAGUAAGUAAUUAAACAAACAAAAAAAAAAAUGAAUAAAUAAAAAAAAUGGAAUAAGGCAUACAUAUAUAUAAAAAAUAUAUAUUGUCUAUAUUAUUAAUAUUAUUAUUGAUUGAUCUAUUAUUAUCUAUACAUAUAUUGCAUAUUAAUCAGUAAGGAAACAUGAAAAAAAAAUUCUAUAUUAUCGUACACACAUCCUUAAAUAUAAGUAAUGCAACAAUACGGUUUUUAAUAUUAAUAUAUUUAUUAUGAGCUAUUAGCUAUUGUCUAUUAUGAUUUAUUACUAUUAUUAUCGAAAAUUAUUAUUAUUAUUGCCUCUAGUGAUUAUUAUGAUUAUUAAACGUUGUGAAAGAUAUGUUGGUAGCAUGAGAGUGAGGUGCAUGAAGCGCUGUAUUGCAAACAAAUAAGAACACGAAGUUAGAGUUUCUUGCUAAGAAAAAUGAAAAAAAGUCAGAAAUAGAGAUAGAGAGAGAGGGGGAAGCACAUCGAUACGUAUUAAAAAAAAAUUAAAAAAAAAAUGAAUAAAUAAAUUUCAUCAAUACUCUCCAAUUGACAAACUCGUAUGGUUUUCGAACAGAAAAUCAGAUCACAUAGCGUUACAAUAAUGAGAAAAAAUUAGAAAAAGAAAAAAGAAAACCAAGGAAGAGAGAGAUAAAUGAAAAUACAGUCUACUCGUAUCUUAACAAAUCCGAUGCCAUACGCGGGCAGAACUUGAAUUGAUUGGCAUUAUAUGGACAAAAUUUCGAAAUGACAUUUAAAUAUAAAUACGAAAAAAGAAUGGUAAUUUAAGAAAUUAAAAAAAAAUUGAAUAAAAUGAAAAAAAAAACCACACUUGCAAUGUGAUAUCUCGUGUCUUGUCUGACGAGACGUUUUAAAAUAGUUGGCGUUUGUUCUUCGUGUAAGUUAGGAUGAGAGAAAGGAAGAAGAGAAAAAUACAUGUAGAAAAAGUAAAAGUAAAACACGAAAUUAAAAAAUACAACAUAAAAAUGAAUAAUUCUAAUUAAAUAAACAAUAAUGAAGCCGCAUGAGCGAAUGUUCAUAGAGAAAAUCAUUGUCAUGUGGCUCAAAUCUCGUGAUUAGAAUUUGGGUGAUAUGUAUAUCGAUUUUUUCCGCAGUUUUAUUUAUUGUAGGCCGAUACUUUAUGCGUCGCGAACAGCAGGAAUAUUUUUUAAAACUGCCACAAAUUAUUAUUCUCGUAAGGUAUUUUGUUAAAAAAACUAGAGUCUUUUUGUCAAAAGCGUAUAAUAAUAAUAGUAAUCUGUAGGAUCUGACUCCACAUGCCAUUUUAGCUCGUAAGCGUUUUCAAUGAAUUAGAUUAUUAAUAUUAACAUUAUCAUUAUUAUCACUAUUAUCACUAUUAUCAUUAUUAUCAUUAUUAUUAUUAUGCUGAAGAAAUUCUAUUUUAUUUCAUUUUUUUUUCACUUUGUUUUUAUUUUUAUCAAUCUUAUAUUGGGAUUCGCGGUAGACUCCACUUCGAACACGACCAAAUAGGAAAGCUAGUAGCGGUGUAGGUAAACUAUAAAAAAAAAAACUAAUAAAAAAGAACAAAAAAAACAACUAGUUAUUAUAGUUAUCAUAUUAUUACGGUGUAUAAAUAUAACACAUGAAUUACUGUAUGGGUAUAUAUACCUUAGGUUUAAAAUGAACUUUCAAAUCUUACUUUUAAUGUUCCGUUCAAGCCAAAAUGAUUUUUAUUCACACCGUUUUGCUCAUCGGUACAGCUUGUUUUACAAUAUCAUGAAAAAAAGAAUAAUAAAAGAAACAUAUGUUAAAUACAUGAAUAAUCAACUUCGUUUAGCUCUAGAUGGGCUGAAUAUCUGUUCAGAAUUGCGUGUAAGAUUAGUAGAAAAAACAUGAAAAAAAAAGGAAACAAAAGAAAAGAAAAAACAUAUAUUUUGAAUAAUUUUUUGGUUGUACUAAAAUGUGAAAUGCGUGUGUAAAGAAAAAUUCUUCACUUCUGAACCCAGUAAUAAAAAAUAGAGAUUGAAGCAAAGUAAUGAAAAAAAAAAGAAAAAGUAACAAACGAACCUCAAGGUUUUACUAGUAAAUGGAAGUAUUCUCUUCACAGUGUUCGUUCCGUUUGUUGUCAGGGGUCAACUAGUCUAAAUACCCGGUUCCCAGAGACAAUCGGAUCAGGCUUCAUGAAGUAUUUUAUUUUAUUCUAUUGUGGUAGAUUUGUUUUUUUUACAUUUUUUUUUUUUUUGUUAUCUCCUGCAACAGCAUAUUAAUCCAUCAAAAUGUUACGGAUAUACGUAAUUAUUGUCCCUCAAUUAUAUUUGUACGUAGAGAAGAGAGGUCUUUCUCUCUUAUAAGUUUUUAUUUUUUUCUUAGGCAUCGUUACACAGUAUGGCAGAGAGCUCGUACCACUGAUAGACAAUGAUCAGUACUAUUAGUUCUAUUAACUAAUAUAUAUACAUACGUAUUGCUAAUAGUCAAUUGAUAUAUUGGGGUGAAAAUAAAUGUGUAAUUGAUAACAGGUGACAAAAGCAGGAAAUAUAGUAAGAUAGAAAAACGAAAGAAACAAAAAAAUCAUGUCUCUAGAUCAGUGGAUAUCUGAGAUCCUCGACAUAUACAUAUUUCUUUGGGUUAUUAAUUAGAUUUGAUUAUUUCUCAAUAAUAUCUGCAGAUCCACUGACAUUUCCGCUGACAUAUCCAUCAAUAGGAACGACCUCUUUGUAUCAAUCUGUGAUCUCUGAAUAUAAAUCAGUGAAAAAGUCUGGGUCUACGGGCCACUGACUGUGCUAUGUUAUUGGUUGUACGCUGUACCUAUGAAGGCAGCACCUUAAUAAUUCCUUAUCACUGCUCUUAAUAUACCACUUAUUAAAUCUAAUUAAUCAUAAUAAUAAUAAGAUAAUAUUAUUAAUUCUUUAUAUUUUUAUUUUUUAUGAUGAAAAUGAUAAUGAAAAUGAAACAAAAAAUAAGUAAAACAAACAAAAUAAACAAACAAAUGAGUAAAUAAAUGUGAAGAAAAGAAUAGAAAAUACCAAUUAAAAAGAACGAAAAAAAUACAAAAAAAAACAAAUUAAAAAAAAAUGAAAUUAUAAUAAUACACCCUUAACUUUCUUAGUCGAAUGGAUACUUACGGAGUCAGUGGACGAGACGUCUAUGAAAAUAUCUAAAAUCACGUUCCAAGGCUCAUAUUGACCAAAAAUCUAAUAUUUAUAAAUUAAUUAUUUAUCAAUUAUAUCACAAUUAAUUAAUUAUCGUCUGUGAAAAAAAUUAUUCACAUCGCGUAUACAUAUACACACAUUAUAUUUAAUAAGGUAUACUGUUGAAAAAUAAACAAGAAGAAGAAAAUAAAAAUGAAAAAAAAACAAACAAAUAAGUAAAAUAAUAAAAUAAUAUACAUAUAUCUGUAUAUACAUACUCAUGCGACAAAGAACAACGUCAUGUAAUGAAAUGAAAAAUGUAAUGGUGGAAAAAUUCUUAUUUUGAAUACAUUUCGAAGUUCUCUUUCUCUGUAAUUGUAUGAUGGAUGUUUAAGAAGGGAAAAGUUCAAUUAGUUCAAAAUAAUGUUAACAAUCAAAUUGAUUCGAUCUUUGGCAUACGUUCGACUGUAUUAUUAUUUUCAUUAUUAUUAUUAUUAUUAUUAUUAUUUAUGUUUUUAUUACUACAUCUAUACUGUUAUUAUUAUUAUUAUUUUUAUCAUAUCAAUUUUUAUCAAUAUUAUUAUUAUCAUUAUAAUAUGUUAUUAAGUUUUAUUAAUAUUUUUUUUUCUCUCGACAUAACGAGGAUGAAUCAGAGUUAUGAAAUGAUCACUGGCCAUAUUGUUGAUGUAAUCAUAGAUUGGUAAUUCACUGAACGAAAAUUGAAGAACAAAUUAAAAAAAGAAAGAGAAAAAUCAAAAAAAAAAAAAAACCAUUACCAAUAUCUGUUUACACUUAUUAUAUGCUCAAUGCAGGCUGCUCAUUGUUCACACAAAGUAUGUCAUUAGAAUAUCUCCUCAUCGUUGCUGUCAAUCAGACAACAAUAUAUAUAUAUAUAAUUAUAUAUAUAUAUAUAUAUAUACCUACUUGUCAAAAUGUCAAACACCAGAUUUUUAGUAAAAAAAAAUUGAAGAAUAAAUUAAAUAAAUACUUCAAAAAACAACCUUGAUGAUACAAGAGGAAUGAACGAAAAAAAAAACUAAAAAAAAAAAAAAAAAAGAAAACGAAAGAAUAGAAAAAU